AUGUCUGAAAUCAGAUCUUCAUUCCAGGAGAGUCGUAACAUGAUAAACAAUGCACUGAAUCAGACUGCACACAGCAGGUCACGUUCUCCAUCGUCCCCUGAACAGAUGUUUAUGUUCUCCCGACAAGCAGCAUCAUCAAGCCAAGACCUAUCCAAAGCCGCUGAAAUCUUUCAAAUGACAUUACAACUUUUAAAAGACAAAGCAAACAGGAGACAGAAAAGAUCACUUCAUGUGUCUGAUCUUCUCUCUAUGGAAGAAGUCGAGCGGAUCGCCGACCUGUCUGGAUGUCCUCGCUCUGUUCAGCCCGGCACCUGCAUCGGAGAAGACAAAUAUCGCAGUCUCUCAGGAGUCUGUAAUAACAGACAAAAUCCUCUCUGGGGAUCUGCUAACAGCGGUUUGCUCAGAUGGCUUCCAGCUGAAUAUGAAGACAAUGAAACUCAACCUAAAGGCUGGAACAUCGACCGUCAAUACAACGGCUUUAAACUUCCUCUGGUUCGGGAUGUGAGUGAAAAACUGAUGCACAGCUCUAAUGUGCCAGUAUUGGAGGAUAACUUGUAUUCCCAGAUGCUGGUGGACUGGGGUCAGUACAUCGACCAUGACAUCUCCUUCACCCCUCAAAGCUCCAGUCAAAUGGCUUUUACAGAUGGACUGAACUGUCUGCACACCUGUAGAAAUGCCAACCCAUGUUUCCCUAUUCAGAUAUCCAGGACUGAUAAACUCUCCGGCAGUAAAAGUUGUCUUCCAUUUUUCCGUUCUUCACCCGCCUGCCUAGCGGAUCUGCAGCCCAACUCGCAAAACACAACACAACGUCAGCAAAUAAACUCAAUCACUUCUUUCAUAGAUGCGUCUACAGUUUACGGUCAUUCAGAGCAGCUUGAGAAAACCCUCAGAAAUCUCUCAAGUUCUGAAGGUCUGUUGGCUGUCAAUCGAGAACACACUGAUAACGGGAGGCCGUACCUGCCGUCCGUCACCUCCGGACCGUCCGCGUGCUUUCAGCAGCCGGGAUCAGCGGCGGAUGAACGGGUGGAUUGUUUCGUGGCUGGAGACAGCAGAGUCAAUGAGAUUUUGCCCCUGUCGGCCCUUCACACACUUUGGAUGAGAGAACACAACCGUGUGGCCAAACAACUGAGACGACUGAAUCCUCACUGGAGGUCAGAGGUCAUCUAUCAGGAGACACGCAAAAUCAUUGGAGCACUGCAUCAGAUUAUAACCAUGAGGGAUUAUAUUCCAAAAAUCAUCGGACAGGAAUCGUUUGAUAAUCAUCUUGGACCGUACAAGGGUUACGACGUCACUUUAAACCCAUCUGUUUCGAAUGUGUUUGCUACUGCUGCGUUUCGCUUCGGCCACGCCACCAUUUCACCCGUGCUCAGGAGACUGAAUGAAACCUUUCAGGAGCAUGAACGUUUCUCUUCUCUGAAUCUUCAUCAGACUUUCUUCAGCCCGUGGAGACUCGUGAAAGAAGGAGGUUUGGAUCCGGUUCUGCGUGGUCUAUUGGGCCGACCAGCUGCCCUUCAAAAUCAAGAUCAUCUUAUGACGGAGGAAUUAACAGAAAGACUCGUGGUUCUCAACAUUCCAGAAUCUCUGGAUUUGGCUUCUUUAAAUCUGCAGAGGGGACGAGAUCACGGCUUACCAGGUUACAACGACUGGAGGAUCUUCUGCGGAUACACUCGAGUUGAAACUACAUCAGAUCUUACAGAGGCGAUCGGCAAUGCUGUUUUGGCAGAGAAAAUAAUGGAAGUGUACGGACAUCCAAAUAAUAUUGAUGUUUGGCUGGGUGGACUGAUGGAGCGUCCGCUGCCCGCCGCUCGGACGGGUCCGCUCUUUGCAUGCUUGAUCGGAAAACAGAUGAAGAUGUUAAGAGAAGGUGACAGGUUCUGGUGGGAAAAUCCUGGUAUCUUCACCCAACAGCAAAGACAUGAGCUACAAAAGCAUUCGCUGUCUCGUGUCAUCUGUGAUAACAGCGGUGUGAUGGAGGUUCCUCUCGAUUCGUUCAGGGUAGGAACUUACCCAGAGGAUUUCCAUUUCUGUACUGACAUCCCGUCAUUGAACCUGGAGGCUUGGAGAGAAAAACCAGAUGACUGCACUGUUUAGAUGUGAUGGGACGGA